AUGCAAACCUCUUUCUUCUCAUCCUUGAAACCUUCCCCGCUUACGCACCCCGCACUGUACCUCGUGGUGGGUGGGCCAACUGACAUGCCUAUGUGGGCCGACUCUGGCUACUCGUGGGACAGCAAGAGCCUUCUACAAACGGAAUCCGUGAUGUUUGGUGGUCUAUGCGAGGUACCGCUUUUCCGGUUUACCAGAUUUGAGCCCUAUAACCCUAGCAAUCUCUCCACGAUGAAGGCACUCGUCUACGACGGCAAUAAUUCCGUCUCCCUGCAAGAUAAGCCGAUCCCAUCGAUUUCGGCCCCCUCGGACGCCAUCAUCAAAGUCCUCAAAACCACUAUUUGUGGCACCGACUUGCACAUCCGCAAGGGCCAUGUCCCGACCUGCCAACCGGGCCGAAUUCUCGGCCACGAAGGCGUAGGCAUCGUCCAUGAGACCGGCGAUUCCAUUAAUCGUUACAAGAAGGGCGACAUGGUCCUCAUCUCGGCCAUCUCCAGCUGCGCCACGUGCGAGUACUGCCGCAGGGGUAUGUACAGCCACUGCACGACGGGAGGGUGGAUACUCGGCAACCUCAUCGACGGCACGCAGGCCGAAUAUGUGCGCGUCCCGCACGCCGAGUCAAGUCUGCACCCAAUUCCGGACGGUGCUGACGAGGCUUCUUUGGUGAUGCUGAGCGAUAUCUUCCCCACCGGUCUCGAGUGCGGCGUCCUCUGUGGCAAGGUGCAGCCCGGGGCGACCGUUGCGGUUGUGGGCGCCGGCCCGGUUGGUCUGGCGGCUAUCAUCACGGCACAGAUGUACUCGCCGUCUCAGAUCAUCGCCAUCGAUACUGACCCCAACAGGCUCGAGGUGGCCAAGAAAUUCGGCGCCACGGACGCAGUCCUCAGCUCGGGGGAUGCUGUUGCCAGUAUCAGGGGAAAGACUGAGGGCAAGGGCUGCGAUACCGUCAUCGAGGCUGUUGGCAUUCCGGCCACGUUUGACCUUUGUCAGGAGUUGCUGGCUCCCGGUGGCGUGCUUGCUAAUGUCGGCGUCCAUGGAACAAAGGUGGAUCUGCACCUUCAGAAUCUCUGGGACAAGAACAUCUCGAUCACAACCAGACUCGUUGAUACAACGACGACUCCCAUGCUGUUGAAGCUUGUUCAGUCUGGCAAACUGCAGCCGGCACAACUCAUUACUCACCGCUUCAAGCUCAGCGAGAUGGAAGCGGCCACGCACUGUAUGCUGUCGGUGCAAUUUUACAACCGGGAAAGUCGAUGGCUUCGGUGCGCUGCAGCUGAAGGUAGCAGAGAUACGGUGGGCCGGCCCCCCGGUCUCUCUACGCGCCGCAUCAUCCCGAAUUCGACAAGCGUGUAUGUUGGUGACAAGCGCCAUGCGCUGGCCAGGAACACAUCUCACCAGACCUCCCUCUUCGUGCCAUUCAUCCCUCCCAGGCUGGGAGCCUUGUUCUGGAAAACUCUCAGGAUUCAUUCUACUAUCAUGGACUCAAUGGCAAAGGCCUCGAUUUCGGAAGCCCAUUUCACCUCGGGAACUGGAACCGCACUUCGCCAAGCUCAUUUUUCUUUCGCCCAGGGUUACAGACCACUCAAUCAUGGGUCUUUUGGGGCCUUCCCAAAAGCUGUUGCGGAAUACCAACGGCAGCUGCAGCUCGAAACCGAGGCUAGGCCUGACACAUUCCUUCGAUAUACGUAUCCAAAGCUCCUCCAGACAGCCCGCACUGCAAUAGCUCCCUUGCUAGGUGCCGAUAUGGACGAGGUAGUCUUCAUUCCAAAUGCUACGACUGGCGUCAAUACCGUCUUGAGGAAUAUCAAUUUCAAGGAAGGCCAUGUUGUGGUGUACUUCAACACUAUUUACGAAGCUUGUCUGAAGACACUGCAAUCGGUUGCAGAGACGGCACGCAUUCAGCUGUGCAGCGUCGAUCUCACAUAUCCAAUUGAAGACGGUGAAAUUUUGAAAAAGUUUGAGGAUACAAUCAGGUCCACUCAGGCAAUGGGAAAGUCUGUGAAAUUGGCAAUGUUUGAUACUGUGGUGACGUUUCCCGGGGUACGAUUUCCCUGGGAAGCAUUGGUGAAGUCGUGCAAGAAGCUUGGCAUCCUGAGCUUCGUUGAUGGUGCCCACGGGAUUGGCCACAUCGAUCUGACACACCUUGGUGGUUUAAAACCAGACUUCAUGAUAAGUAAUUGCUACAAGUCCGUCAAGACGCUUGCCGUGCUCUUUGGAAAGUCUGCCACUGACAAUCAAUGCAGAUGGCUCAUGGUGCCCCGUGGUUGUGCCAUUCUCUAUGUUCCCUUCGCGAAUCAUCAUCUCAUCCGGACCACAUUCCCCACCUCCGUGGGUUACGAAAAACCAAACACUCGGGAGGUUAUGGAGCCGUCCGACUACUUUGUCCGUCUGUUCGUCAAAGUGUCGACGACUGAUAAUACUCCCUUCUUAUGCGUUCCAACGGCGUUGAAGUGGCGACAUGAGGUAUGCGGUGGAGAAGAGAGGGUGCGCACGUACUGUGAGAGAAUUGCAAAAGCAGGGGGCCAACGAAUGGCGGAGAUAUUAGGAACUGAGGUCCUCGGUGGCUCUUCCCACUCCUUCCAGCAAUGCUGCUUCACAAAUGUGAGGCUGCCUCUGAGCAUUGCUCAGCUCGAUGUGCAGGAAGCAGAUGGAGCAGUGAUCGCCAAGUGGAUCCGAGGAAAGACGGCAGAGCAGUAUGAGACGUACAUAACUACUAAGUUCUACGCUGGAGCAUUUUGGACCAGGAUCAGUGGGCAGGUCUAUCUCUCUGUGGAUGACUUCGAGUUUGGAGCACGGACCCUGCUUGAACUAUGUAGACGGGUGGAGGCCGGAGAAUGGAAACAGGGCUGA